AUGCCGCUCGACCAGAAUCCUCCGCGCUCGGCCAGGAGGCGACCGUCAUUGCUUCUACGCGCCCGACCGAAAACCGCAGUUCCAGGGGGACUGCCCGGCGCAAGCGUCCCUUGGAUGAAUCCCGGUCCCCAGGCUUUGAACUCUUCCUACGACAGCGGCCAAGACAGUCAAAUUCAGCUUUGCCAACAAGAUCACCAGAGUAGCGACGUCCUGGAAGAGGUCUCCGUGUUUCCUGAGCCAACACCUCAACACCGCACAGCAAGGAGCUUCUCGAGCAUCCGCCAUGGAGUCGAUGGGCUGCGUGCUCUCGGCCGCCGUCUCUCUGUGACAAUUCGCGGGAAAAAUCCAAAGAAUAAUCAUAUAUACGUCCCCCACGAAAUCGCUCGUGAUGUUGAUGAAGAGAAAGUUGUCCCUGAGGGAAGGCCCCGCAAUGCUUGGUUCAAGGGACAUAGCAUCAAUCGCCGACCGUCGCUCCAUAGCGUCUCGGCUUUGCACACUUUCUACGCACCGACUGCCAAUGUGGCCAACUUCAUUCCUGGAAUGGGCUUCUUCGAGCCUCCCGUCUUCUCAAACAACCCGUCUGAAGGGGCUGCUGCUAGAGCUGCCGCUGCCGCCCAAAAUGAGAUGGCCAAGUCCGGCCGUAAUAUCUCCCCGGGAGACUCAAAAAUUUUCGAUUCGGAAAGUGGAAUUGGAAUUGAUUUGCGCGACCCUUCCGACUCGGAAUUGGCCAUAGUACGAUUAGAUCCCGUGGCUUAUUUACCUGCGGAGCUCAUUUCUCACAUCCUCUCGUUUUUAAGUCCCACAUCACUAAUGCAGGCGGAAGUUGUGUCGCGAUCUUGGAACAAAGCUGCUUCGUCGCAUCACGUGUGGCGAAGUGUCUUCCGUCAGCAAUAUGGUCGUCAACCAUUAUCAAAGUCGACGACAAAGAAGAAGACUCAGUCAGCAGGCUUGGGUAAGACCUUGCCUAAUCAGGAUUGGAAGAAGAUGACCUUGGUUCGACAGGCGCUGGAUCGUCGGUGGAAAGAUGGCAAGGCGGCAGCUAUCUAUCUACAAGGUCAUACUGACAGCGUAUAUUGCGUACAAUUUGAUGAGCAUAAAAUCAUUACCGGAUCUCGUGAUCGCACCAUUCGCAUUUGGGAUGCCCACUAUCCUUGGUCAUGUCUCAAGGUCAUUGGCACGCCUACCGCGAAUCAGCAGCGCGAAUCAGCAGCUACCAAUGCAAACCCUCGGCCUGUAGGAAAUGCGCCAUUCCUUUCCAUCUGCCCGCCGAGUCAACCUUGGGCUGAUGUGGCCGAUCAAACAAUUGAAUUGAAUGAUUGCCACAAUCGCUCAAUUCUUUGCCUCCAAUUUGAUGACGAGAUUAUGGUUACUGGAUCCUCCGACUUUACGUGCAUUGUUUGGGAUGUUAAAAAUGACUAUAAACCGAUUCGACGCCUAGUAGGCCAUAGGGCAGGAGUCCUUGAUUGCUGCUUCGAUGAUCGACAUAUUAUCUCCUGCUCCAAAGACAGAACGAUCUGUAUUUGGGAUCGAGAGACGGGGAGAUUGAUCAAGAGGCUACUGGGCCACCACGGACCCGUCAAUGCCCUUCAGCUGCGUGGGGAUCUCUUGGUGUCAGCCAGUGGAGACGGUGUAGCCAAACUAUGGAACAUCACCUCUGGUGUCUGUGUCAAGGAGUUUUCCAACAAGGACCACGGUCUUGCCAGCGUUGAGUUCACUGAAGAUGGUAGAACCAUUCUGGCCGGCGGCAGCGACCAAGUGAUCUAUCAAUACGAUGCAAACAGUGGCGAUAUGGUUCGAGAAAUCAAAGGUCACAACGGACUAGUGCGAUCUCUGCAUCUGGACAGUGCCAACAACCGCAUUGUCAGCGGCAGCUACGAUUUCAGCGUGAAAGUGUUCGAUGCGACCACGGGUGAACUAUCAAUUGAUCUUGCCGAGUGGACUACCAGCUGGAUGUUCAGCGCAAAGUCGGACUAUCGUCGAAUUGUUGCUACGAGUCAAGAUGCUCGUACUGUCAUUAUGGAUUUUGGGUAUGGAUUAGACGGCAUAGACUUGUUGGAAGAAUAG